AUGUCUGUGUGCAGGCCAGGCAUGACCCGUACAAGAUUAGAGGCCAGUUUGUCUGACUUGAAACAUGAGACGGUUGAGAACAACUCUUUCAAGAACUUCUCUCAUACAGGAUACCCCAGGUCCAAUGAGCCCAAGUCCUAUGGGCCCCAGUCCUAUAGACCCCCAAGUCCCAAUAGAGCCCCAGUCCUAACAGACCCCAGUCCCUGUGGGCCCAGUCUAUGGGCCCCCAAGUCCUAUGAGACCCCAAGUCCUAUGGGCCCCAGUCCUGUGGGCCCCAGUCCUAUGGGCCCCAGAGUCCUGUGGACCCCAGUCCUAGACAGUGAGGACUCGAGAUCCCCAGAGCAUCACAGAGACCCCCAAGCAUCCCAGGACCCCAGAGCACUCAGAGACCCGCAGGCAUCCCAGAGACCCCAGAGCACUCCAGAGACCCCCAGAGCACUCAGAGACCCCAGAGCAUCCAGAGACCAGAGCACUCCAGAGACCCCAGAGCACUCCAGAGCAUCCCAGACCCCAGGCAUCAGAGACCCCAGAGCACUCAGAGAGACCCCAGAGCAUCCCAGAGACCCCCAGAGCACUCCAGAGACCCCAGAGCAUCAGGGCCCCAGAGCACCCAGAGACCCCCAGAGCACUCCAGAGACCCCCAGUCUUGAAACCCCAACUCAAGCAUUAUUAUCAGGGCCCAUAGGUCAGGGCCCGUAG